GACCGGCUCCGUCAAUCAAUUAAUAUGAAGCACGGUAAGGUCUAUCGAGUGCGUACCGUUUCAGAGGAACUCGCAUCGCUGACCAUCGGCCUCGGAAACUCCACUACCUUCAAAUCUGGAUUUCCGAAGUUGAUCGAAGAGCUUAAUGACUUACCCCGCGAAGAGGAGUUGAAGCCUGGCAGUGAUGAAGAGGCGAACAUGGGAGUUCGCAAAAUGCGAGUCCCAAGUUCUGAGUUGCUAGAGAAGAUGAAGGCGAUCGCGAUAAGUGAAGACGUCUGGACCAACAAUUGGAUCACAUUUGCACUAACGGACGUUGAGAUCUUGAAGAGGGCUCACUCAGGAAAUUAUGGAUCCGUCUAUAAAAAGCACAUGGAGUUCGUGACUUGCCCAGAAGGCAAUGUUAUCGAGGUUGUCAAGGAAUUAGUUCCACCGCAAAUACUGCAUCUCCUUGCAACAAUGGCUGUGUCAAGUUCGCAGUAUGAGUACUGGCCGUCUGAGGAUCUCUGUCGUGAAUUGGUGACCGUGAUAUGCAACUCGUUAAAGGACUUCCGGUUGUGUCCUAGACAAACUCUGUCUGGUUUAAAGAUAGUUUUCAAAACGACCAGCGAAAAACAUGGCAUCAGACAUUUUGCUUAUGGUCCUAUCAGUGACCUUUAUGUGACGGGAGGGCCGGAUGUACACCCGCUGGUGUUGUGGGGGGAGAUCGAUUCAAAUUGCCAAGGAAGAGAUUUCACGAAAGCUCUCGUCUCUGUUCACGCCUAUGCACGAUUCUUGAUCCAGCGAAAUAUCCUGAAAAACCCCACUCGUUUCCUUGUUCUCUACGUGUCGUACGAUGUUUCACGGGAUGGCUUUGUAUCAAAGUUCACCAUCUUCGACGUGGUGAGAAAGACGCAGCAAUCAGAGCUGGAAUUGAAACGCUGUUCAUUGUCAACGGAAACAUCGGAAUUCGAUGGAGCGGUAGAGUUCUUAAAAGUGUGUGCUGGGCUCCUUAUGGCGAUGUGCGGGGUAGUUGAAGACAGCAAAUCAUAUAUUCACCGCACUGUCAAGGCGUUCCAAAACAUAAAUAAGAUGCUGAAGCCCUUGCGAACGAAAACUGGUCAGUCAAAAAGAAAGGAUAGCGAUAGCGACGACGACGGUGAGAACGACGACGAUGGGAACGAUGAUGGCGGGAACAACGAUGGUGGGGGCGAUCAUGGUGAGAACGACGAUGGUGGACAAGGGAGUGGCGGGCAAGGUUUAUCCAAGAAACGUCGAGGUUCAGGACCCGACCGUCCUCAGGGGGGAAGCAAACGUCCUCGCAGGGGUGGUGGUGGUGGUGGUUCGGCAUCCAACAAGGGACAAAGAGUCACCAAAGAGGGACAGAAAAGGAAGAUCCUCUGCACAAAAUAUCGUUCGAGCUCUAGAGGAUACUCGGAUGCUGAGGAGGAGCCUCAUGAAUUCGAAUGGGAAAGCGAAUCCAGCUCCUGCCUUGAGACCUUGUCUCUCGUCGGUACCACCAUCCAACUGUUACAACCAAUUUCGGAGGCCUUGGAUGAUAUCAGAGAUUGUCUGGAAAAACCGGGAGAGGUGGUAUUUGUGAAAGAUUGUGAUCGAGGGCAACUCCUAGCAGUGGCUAAGCUGACGAACAUACAAGAGGUCAGAAUCCUGAGAGAUCUGCAAGUAUACAGCGGCGUCGCCAGAAUCAUCGCAGAGAAGAAGGUCAAACGAGGUCUCCAUCUUCUAGUCACCCAAUAUGCUGGGCAAGACCUCGAACUCUACUGCUGGACUGGUGCAGGACCUCAUGCAAUGGAAGUAGUUGUCGCCUUACUCAACACCAUGCACAAUAUCCACAAUGCGGGCAUUGUUCAUCUAGAUAUAAAACCUGCCAACAUCGCAGUCCCGGUCAACGCCACCAAAGGGGUCCCAGCUGCUACAAUCCUGGACUUUGGUAUUUCAUGCAGGGCUACCGAGGUUCUCCAUGAAUCAAUCGGGACAGAAGGUUGGAUGGCGCCUGAGAUGGAGAAAACCAAGGGUAUUGAGAAGAUUAAUCUCAAGUUGGCAGAUGUCUGGGCUGUGGGAAAGGUGUUGCUGUUCAUGGCCAGCCGCUGCUCCUUUGAUGAAGAACAAAGGACUUUGGUCGUGAUGCUAGGGAAGAGGAUGUCAGUGACAGAUCCGGACUGUCGACCGUCUCUCACCGAGGUGCUCUGCCAAGUUCCAUCAGUAUCAGGCCAGUAAUUAGAACAAUCCUGGGAAAUUGUCUACAUGUCCACUUGUCGUUACAUUGUGUUUCUGAGGAGGGCAUUUGGGACAAGACCGAGCCCAAAAACGCGUUGUAUUGGUCUGCGUCUUCUAAUUAAUUCCUCAUUUCCUUUUCGACCAUGCUAACCCACCACGGGUCCCGGUCAACUCCAGACUGUACUUCAAUCCUUCGUUUUGCAUUGACGGCUUGAACUGAAUCCCGGUUCUAUCCUAAAGUUCGCAGAUGUAUGACGGACAUUUUCGUGGUCUACCACAGGCCCGCCUCGUCACAGUGGAGGCGGGAUUAAUUGAGAGUAUUAUCGUCACAGUUAUAGUCGGUUGCGUUUUCGGAGAUGCAAGAACAAUACGGCGACUAGGGUCCAAAUAAUACUCCAUCCAUUAAGGCACCUACAAGUAGUUCC